AUGCUCAAGGUACCGUCGAUAAAAGCUCAAGUCACUACCGCUCCCAUACUUGGACGUCCGCCUUUCCUAAUGAAAAACCCGACGAGGUUUUGUCUAUCGCUCCUGGUCGAUCUUCACAUGCUCUCGGCAAGUUACGACUUUCCUUAUAGAAAUAUGCACCCCCUACCAAGCUAUCCUUCGUGUUCCGAGUUUCGCGCGUAUGUACCAACUCCCUUCACACUGGCCGACGUGUUGGAUCCUACAACUGCACCUCUCAAGUAUCUCACUGACCUCCUGGAGCCAUUUAAGAAUGAGGAUGGAGUUUACUCGGGGCUUUUGGACGGCGAGAAGCGUGAUUCGGUACUCAACACGUUGUUGGACGAAGAACUGGAGGCGCGAGAUCCAUUCCGGGCUGCGAUGGGUGGGAUUAUGUUUGAUGUAGAUAUUGCAUUCCGCGUCGUCACGCGCCGGUCUGACCCGUGUUCAAAAUCCAACGACAAGUCUCACGGCGCACCAUUGACUGCGUCCUCCACUCUCCCCCCCACCAUGUCAGCUCGUCUCGCACGGACAGCACUAUCGUCGGCAGCUCGUCGCGUUAAUGCAUCAUCCGCAGGACGCGUUGCCAGACGAAAUAUGUCCUCUGAAUCGGCAUCACAUGGUGCUUCAACCAAAUCGAGCGACACCCCCUGGAUCGUUGGCUCUGCGUUGGUCUUUGGGCCACUUUUCCUGUACCUGGUAUCGCCCAGUGGAAGAAAGGCUACCCAGGCCCACACUGUGCACGAUGACGUUCGCGACUUCCCCGCCAUCAAGCUGAAGGACCCGUGGCACCACCCCGCUACUCCAUCUGUGGCCGUUGAGAAAGAGGAGGCAGCCCCUGUGCAAAUUAUGACAGAUGACGAGGGCACGCCAGCGAAUGUCGCUUCGUCAAUCGCAUUGGCUACGGAGAGCGACGUUCCAAAAGCUGCUGAAUCGCCGGAAGGAAGUGCUGAGCUUGCAGUAGCUGCUAAGAGUGAAGCUGAAGACACCGCCCCUGCCACUGAGGAAGCCACGCCAUCCGCUGGAGAAAGCUCAAGCGAUACGUCGGGCACUUUCCAGAAAAGCGGCGAGGAGGGACCCACUGAUUUGAAGGCCCCGAGGGAAGCUGCAAAGAUAUUCGCGAGACUGAAUGCUCCAAUAGCCCCAAUGGCAGCUUGCGCGAAGUUCAGUUGUACAAAUCAUACAGCUAAAGUUUGA